UGCUAAGGUCUAUGGCAUUCUAGAGCUGGGAGAACUCACUUAGAAAUAUCUAAUCCAGAGUCUCCCUGACUUUAGUUUUAAAGUGACAAAUAAAAGAGAGACCCAGAGCAGGGAAAUAAUGUUACCAAGAUAACAUAGCUGUUGAAUAGAAUGGCAAGGACUUUUAACCCAUGUUUCCUUGUUUCUAAUCAGGACCAUUUCCACUUCUCAUCCAGAGAAAAGUGAUCUGUUUCCAUUGCCCCCACUCCAGCUCCAGUCACCUGUUUGGAAAGAGAAACGAGAUGACUGCCAAAUCCCAUACACCAACAUCCAGAUGACUCAUCCUGGCCAUGGCAACCCCCAACCACACUAGUCCCAGCCAUUCACUCUUCAUUCUGCUGGGGAUCCCUGGCCUGGAAGACCAGCACACAUGGAUCUCCCUCCCAUUUUUUCUUUCCUACCUUGUUGCUGUCCUAGGGAAUAGCCUCCUUGUCUUCAUCAUCAUGACUGAACGCAGCCUCCAUGAGCCCAUGUACUUCUUCCUCUGCAUGCUGGGUGUGGCGGACCUCAUCCUGUCCACUACCACCGUGCCCAAAGCCCUGGCUAUAUUCUGGUUCCAUGCUGGAGAGAUUUCCCUUGAUGGUUGUGUCACCCAAAUCUUCUUCAUCCAUGCCACCUUCAUUGCUGAAUCAGGAAUUCUGUUGGCCAUGGCAUUUGACCGCUAUGUAGCCAUCUGUGACCCAUUGCGCUAUACCACAGUACUCAGUCAUGCAGUAAUCAUAAGGGUUGGUCUGGCUGUGGUCCUGAGGAGUUUCUCUGUGAUCCUUCCAGAUGUGUUCCUGGUGAAAAGACUGCCUUUCUGCCAUAGCAACGUGCUACCACAUACCUACUGUGAGCACAUGGCUGUUGCCAAAUUUGCUUGUGCUGAUAUUCGUGUCAAUGUCUGGUAUGGCUUGUCUGUCCUUCUCUCUACUGUAGUGGUAGAUGCUUUGCUCAUCUUAGUUUCCUACAUCUUCAUCCUCAAUGCAGUCUUCCGUCUUCCCUCCCGAGGAGCUCGGCAAAAGGCCCUAGGCACAUGUGGCUCCCACCUUGGUGUCAUUUCCAUGUUCUACUUGCCUGGCAUUUUUACCAUAAUCGCCCAGCGAUUUGGGCAUCAGGUUCCUCCUUAUAUCCACAUUCUGCUGGCAAAUGUCUGCAUGUUAGCUCCUCCUAUGCUAAACCCCAUAAUUUAUGGUGUUAAGACCAGGCAGAUUCGAGAAUGUGUGGUUAGUACUUUGUCUUCACCGUGGAAACUCUGCUGAGUUUGUAUGAAAGGUGAUAUGAUUAUCAACAUAGGAUCUUGCAAUUCCUUUGCUUACUUUGUAGAGAUUUAUCAAGUUAGGGUUGUGUUGACUGUGAACAAAACGAUUUGUUGUGAUUUUGAAAGACUGAAUGCAAUGUUAUCUUGAGAAGUGUAGUACUUAGGAAAGAGCAUGAGCUGUUGGAUCAAAAUUACAUUUGAGUACUGGAUUUUCCAAAAGUGAUGCAUUUGACCUUGGGGAAGUUAGCUUAUUUUCUUAAAGACUUCUCAGUGUAUGCAUAGGGCCCCAGAAAUACAGAAAUAUCAAAACCAAACUAAGUCAUAUUAAACAAUGAGAAUUAUUUCCUAUAAUAAACUUAUCUACUAAAACAUCUAGACAGAAUACAUAUUCAUUUAAUAAUAUAUACAUUUGAGGUAUAACAAACUUUUAUUCUGAAUUAGAAAUGGGACCAGUGGAAUAGAAAAAAAGAGCUCAGAAAUAAACCCUUGCAUAUUGGUCAGUGAAACU